AAGGUGUUUUCAUUCGUUUCGUUGCCUGGUGUAACGCAAAAGAAGCGCCCUCGUCGCAAAUUCCAUGAAGUCGAACGUCUUUACCACUGUAAUUUUGAAGGCUGUACAAAAGCCUAUGGUACACUGAACCAUCUAAAUGCUCACGUCUGCAUGCAAAAUCAUGGACCUAAAAGACAUCCUGCCGAAUUUAAAGAGUUGCGGAAACAGUGGCGGAAACAGAAACGGGAACAA